CCCUUUCAAUUUUUGUCAUACUCUUGUCUAUCCCCCAUCUGUCUUUCUCUCUCCUCUAUAAAUCAAACUGGACCUCUUUCCUACCAUGUUUAUUUGUUCUCUGGCCUAACUUCCGAACUCUAUUUUUAUCUGUCUUUUUUCCUUUUUUUUUUUUUUGUUUUUCAUUUUCAUUUUCUAUGUAGUGCUUUGUUUAUAUUUACUUCCCUCUUGAAGAGUUUCUCAAAGGAGCUGUACAGUUAAAGCUAAGGGAAAUUAAUUGUUAAUAUUUAUAAAAUAACGUAAGAGGAAAAAGAUGAAGCAGUGUGCCAUCGAACAAAGCGCGAUUGGAAGCAGCCGUGAGGAGAUGCGGAGCUCCAUUUCUGUUUCUGUUAUGGUUACGGAUCGGAGAGAGACCAUGGUCUGCCCGAAACCACGUCGUUUAGGUCUCUUAAACACCUCCUUCAACGACCACCCUGUUAGGUCCCUCAGAUGGCAACUUAGCCAUCAAGCGGAGCUUUGUGAUUCGAAAGCUGGAAGUGAUCUUUUGGAUAUGAUUCUUACAAAGGGUAGUUGUGGAGUGGAACAAAGUUGUACUCAAGUAACGUCGUCGCCCCCAUUUUUUUGUGGGUCGCCGCCGAGCAGGGUAGCUAACCCAUUAGUACAGGAUGCUCGAUUUGGGGAUGCGAAGAUCGUCACUCCACUGUUACCGCUGUCUCCGAUCCCACCUCCUUCAGGUUUGUCCUCCUCGUCUCCAUCAUCCUCUUCAAGGAAAGGAGGCUGUAAUCGGGCGAAUUUUGGUAGCAAACCAGCGAUAAGAAUCGAGGGGUUUGAUUGCCUUGACAGAGAUCGGCGAAAUUGCAGUAUCCCUGCACUGGCUUAGAAUCCAUCUCAAUCCACGGAGUACAUAGAUACAAGAAAAGGAGCUUAAUAUAUUAAAACACAGAGGAAUUUUGAAGUUGUCCGCGACUGAAAUGAAAAAAAAAAAAAAAAAAGCGAAUCCUUUCUCAGUGUAAAUAUGUUUGAAAGGUUCUUUGUAUGUAAUGAAAUGAUGGUGUCUUGUAAUUAAUUAAACGAGUUUCUUCCACAAAAAAAUAAGGACAAAGGCGUUGUUUUGGUGUAGUAUUGUUUGGAGACCAUAAAUUUUGUAUUGUUUAGGCUAUGCAAGUAGUGUUUCAAGUAGGAAAAUUUUUCCUUUUAUUCAAUGAGCGGACAGAAAUGUGUAAAAAAUCAAGCUGGUAAUUGAGUUAGAAAUUCGACUGUGUAUGUAUAAUCCUUCCUGA